AUGAGCGCAACCCAAACCCUGGCCCAGUUCAUUGCCGACACAGAGUACGAAGCUCUCCCAGUCCCGGUAGUUGAAGCUGCCAAAAUUGCCAUCCUGGACGGUGUUGCCAACAUGGUUGCCGGUUCGGUGCAGGAGUUGGCUGACAUCAUAGGCCGCUACGUUCGGGACAGCGGUGGCGCCCCCCAGGCCUCAGUCAUAGGCUGGGGCUACAAGAGCAACCCGCCGGCCGCCGCCUUCGCCAACGGCGUCUUCGGCCACUGCCUGGACUACGAAAUUCAGGGGUUCCCGCCCACCCACGGCACCUCGUCCUGCCUGCCAGCGGCACUGGCUCUGGCGGAACAGCAUCGCGCCUCCGGCAAGAGCAUCAUCACCGCUUAUGCGCUGGGCUGGGAGAUCCAGGGGCGACUGCGGGCCGCUUCAGCCCAGGCUACCGCACCUGGCCACCAUCCGCCGGGCCUGGUGGGGCCCCUCGGCGGCGCAGCGGCCGCGGCCAAGACAUUGGGCCUGGACGGGCAACAAACCCUCAUGGCCUUGGGUAUCGCCGCCUCUCGCACCGGUGGCCUCACCGCCAACACCGGCACAAUGGUCAAGUCCACCCACCCCGGCAACGCCGCCCGCAUGGGCGCUGAAUCGGCCAUCCUGGCCGGCAUGGGCUAUACCGCCAGCGACGAGGUCCUGGAAUCGCCGGUGGGGUACGCCGCCGCCCUGUUUGGCGGGAAUUUCAACUGGGACGCGGCCACCGGCCAUCUGGGAGAUUCCUGGCGAUUGACCGACCCCGGCUUUGACAUCAAGCGAUUUCCGGCCCAGGUAUACAUGCAGAAUGUUAUCGAAGCUGCCCUGAAUCUACGGGAGGAAAACGGCCUUGACCCUGAAGCUAUCGAGCAGGUAACCAUUCAGCGCCAGGGCCGGGGCCACUCCGGUCCGGUGCCCCGCAGCGGCCUGGACGGCAAAUUCAGCGUGGAGUACUGCGCCGCCGCCGCCCUGCUGGACGGCCAGGUGGACAUCGACACCUUCACCGACGAACGCCGCUUUGCUCCAGACAUGGAAGAGAUGCUGGGCCGCAUCAAUGUUGUGCCCGAGGGCCCCGAAUCCGGCGCUACCCUGUCUACCGCCCUUCUUAAGAACGGCAGCACGGUAACCGCCGAAUGCAACGCCUUCCGGGGCUCGGCGAAAAACCCCAUGUCUCGCGAUGAACGACUGGUAAAGGUACGCGACUGUUUUAACCGCGCCCUGUCCGAUGCGGACACCGAGAAGGUAGUUGAAAUGAUGGAGAACCUGGAAAGCGUAAAUGAUGUUGCGGAGUUGAUGGGCGUGUUGGGGCAGGUGGCGGUUAGCCGGGAUUAA